GGAAUGACGUGCCGCUGCCGGGUGAACACUGAGCGCUGAAUUACUUUCCUCCGCAGACUUUAAAAAUCAUUGUUCAAAAUUACACUCUGGCCGGGCGGACCUGGAAAGCAUGUCCUCGAAGGCUAAAGUUCGGUACUACUUCAAACGUCGCAAAGAAGGUGAACUGACUCUAACACCAGGAGAGAUUAUUACAGUUACCUACCAGGACAAAGACAAUAGUUGGUAUGAAGGCAUCAAUUCUAUUGGUGAGCAAGGACUGUUUCCUGGAAAAUAUGUGGAGUUGAUAAUGGACACUGUAUCACAUCCUGAGAUUGAAGAAGCAUGUGACAUUGACUCAACUUAUGAAGAACUAGAUGCAGUUGAGCUCAGAUCAAAGAAAUCCAGCAGCUAUUCAGACACUUCUGAAUCGAUUGACCAAGAUUAUGAGAUUAUCCCCGAACAAGAGGACAAGCGAGGCAGUAAUGAACAGUCUCCUAAAAGAGCAAACAGAUUAUAUCAGUUUACAAAAGCAGAAGUUGAGCCCUUCAUUUCUGGAAAUACCAUAAAGACAACCAUGAAAAUUCAUCUGGUAUUCAAUGAAGAUGGUCCAUCCUGGGUGUAUCCAAUUGUACCAUUGGAAUGCAACAUAACCAAUCCUCAGAUAGAAACUAAAUAUUCAGGAAUGAAAAAAUAUAUUUCUUAUCAAAUUACACCUAAUGACACGAAUGUAUCAGUUUACCAUCGAUACAAGCAUUUUGACUGGCUGUAUGGUCGAUUAUUAGAGAAGUUUGGUUCAACAAUCCUAAUGCCUCUGCUUCCAGAAAAAGACAUUCCAUGGCGCUUUAGUGAAGACUUUAUACAGGCUCGAAUGGGUGGUUUGCAAACAUGGAUAAGCCGCAUAUCUCGUCACCCUGUGAUUUCCCAGAGUGAAAUUUUCCAACACUUUAUCAGAAAAAGAGAUGUAAAACAUUGCUCCCUCCAGGAAUGGAAAUCUGGUAAAAGAGUUGCAGAGAAAGACGAAGCAGUUGGAGGAAUGAUAUUCUCUGAAAUUAUGGCGUCGUCAGAGUUUAAGUUGCUGGACGGAGAAGAAGCGGACAAAUGUUUGACCUUUGCCAAGUGUAUGGGAGAAAGUGUCAGAAAUCUUAUAUCGGUAACGGAAGAACACAUGGCUCGCUGCACUGGAACAUUGAAAUCUGAAUACAUCAAAAUAGGAAGAGCUUUCUCUGAUCUGUCGGCAUCAUUUGAUAAAAGCACCUAUCAUGGAAAAGGCUCAAUUGGAAAUGCUUUAUCAUUUGUUGGAAAAACAUACGAUGAUAUUGGGAAUCUUCAUUUUGAUCAGCCAAAAAAAGAUGCUCACAGCCUGAUUGAGAUCAGUAAAGAGUACAAAGGACUGCUGACGUGUUUCCCUGAUAUUAUGAACGGCCUCAAGGGAGCACUGGAAAAGGCUCAUGAAUAUGAAAAGCUUGCUCACGCCAACAAAGUAACAUUGAGAGAAAAAGAAGCUAUUGUUUACAGAGCUGGAAUUGUGUCUUCGGCCAUAGAAGCUGAAAUCAAUCAUUUUAACCAUGAACUUACCAGUGACUACAAAGUAACAGUUCAACAUUUUCUCUAUGAACAGGUUCAGAUGUAUAAUAAGAUAACAGAUAAACUGAGGGAAGCAUAUGCACACUUUGAAUUUUAAUUCCGAACCACUAGUAUCCCCAGAUUAUGCAAUUCAUGUAACUUGAUGUGCCAAUAUUCUUUAAAGUUAUCUUGGAAUUUUAGUUCCAGUUCCUGUUAAAUAUAUCUUAUUUUGCUGCUGCUUGCAACGACUGCACUAUUAUCACUAGCUGCAAUUUAUUGUUCAUUUAUCUUUAUUUUAACAAUGAAUUCUUGUAGUAUGAAAAUUACAAAACAAAUAAAUCUGUGUGUUUUUUGUUCAGUGCUGGAAGUGCAAUGGAGCAGGCAGGCCAUUGACAUACCGAGGGAUGUAAAAAUGAUUGAUUACAGAAUGAUUGGGAGGAGAGAAAUAGGAAUGCAGGGUCUUGAGCCAAAAUGCCAAUUUAUUUCCCUCCACAGAUGCUGCUUGAUACGCUAAGUUCAUCCAGUAGUUUAUUUGCUCCAGAUUCCAGCAUCUGCAGUCUCUUUAAAACAGUUGUACAGUUGGUGUUUACAAAGUCUUUAAAUGUGCUACCUAACCCAAUUCUGAUACCCACUCUACUUGUAAUAGGCUGACAAUUUGCAGCCUCUACAUUUUCAAUGAUUCAGUUCUUGAUUCUGCUAUUGUUACGAUUGAACCAAUUGUGCACAAAAUGGAAUUCUUUUUUUAUGCCAAUGGCAGAAUAAAACUUGAAUGUUGAAAAUAUUCAGCAGGUCAGGUACAGGCUGUCCAAUUAGGGGCAAACAGAUUAAUAAUUUAAACAUUUAAUGACCUGAAAUGUCGCAUCAGAUGGUGCCUCACCCAUUAUUUCCAGCAUUUGCAUCCUUUAAAUAUUUUAAAUACUCAAAAUCAUAGUUUUUAUAUUUAAGUAAUGAUUGAUUCUAAUUGAUUGAGAUAGUGAGCAACUCUGUUCAAAAACAAUUCUGCUCCUCAACCAAUUUCACCACACACAAAUUCUUAAUAGCUCACACUGAGGCCAAAAAGUGCUUUCACACAUUUGGUAUCAGUGGAAUAAGGUUUUCAAACGGUAUCAGAGCCCAACUUCAGCUGAAAUAAUGAGAAAUGCGAGGCAGCAUUCUUCCACUUUUCACUCCAGAAUUUUAUCUUUAGCAGAUUAUCAAUUAUCACAUUUCCUUCUGUUUUGGGGACUGAAAAGUUGCAUCCAUCUCUUAAUGAAGGAGGGAAAAAACCUGCUUUGCAAUUAUGGUCAUUUUAAAGGCCAAAAAGGAUAAAGAUGUUGAACUUUUUUAGUUACGAAAUAUUAUUAAAUAGGUUUAUUAUUCAUACUGAUCUGUAAAUAUUUUAUACUAUAUUAAUAUAUUUAAUAUUAGAUUUGUUCAAUGUUUUGAAUAAUUCCUGUUUUGGUUGUUAUGUUUUGUUGAUCUGAGAAGGAUAAGAUGGGAAAUGUAACUGUGCUCAUUUUUAGCAUAAUUAAUAAAGUUUUAUAUUUUGCUAUAUGCCCAAGUAAUUUAAUAAUUGCAAUAUGCUUCAGAAAAGCUGUGUCUUGGAUUAUAAUUCUCCAAUAUGCUCAGGGUUUUGAGUUUGGAUUUUAGCUUUCGUUGAGUGUUGUGCAGUUGAUGGGGAUGAAUCUUGAGUGCAUGGUUGCAUGUUAAGAUGUGUCAAAGAGUCUCCAAGAGGUGUUCCUGAAAGUCCUGUGGAAUGUAUCUCUGGGGUUUCAUUUUGUGAGGUUCUGACCACAGACUAGUGGAAUUAAGUUAAAAAUUGAAUAUUUCAUUCAUUCAAUGAUACUUUGUUGUCACGUGUACCUGUGUAUAGUGAAAUUAUUUUUACAUACAGUCCAAUGACAAUCCUACCAUACACUAGGCACAAUCAUAUUAAGUAUAAGAGUAGAAGAUAGUAGACACCACUGUGUCAGUAUACAGUCACCACAUUUUAGGCACCAUCUUGUAUCCAUCAGGUCAUAGUCAUACAGUGUGGAAACAAGCCCUUCAACCCAACUUGUCCAUGCCAACCAACAUGUCCCAUCUUUAGUCGCACCUGCCUGCCCAUAUCCCUCUAAACCUGUGCUAUCCAUGUACCUGUUUAAUUGUUUCUUAAAUAUUGUGAUAGUCCCUGCCUCGACUACCACCUAGCAGCUCGUCCAUACACCCACCACUCAGUCUGAAAUUAAAAAAAGUUAGACUCUUAACUUGGUCAUAAAGGUCUGUUGUUGUGGUGGUGGCUCUGGGUCAGUGUUGCAGAGGUUGGCCUUGCCAGACGAUGUGUCGAUGUCCUCUACCGCCACUUCUGUGUCGCUGCAGGCCUGCAUGUCCAAUCCACGCGCUCGGCUACUUGAAGUCGUGCCCUGUCCAACCAAGCCUCAGGCUGCUAUUUAAAUACUCUAAACAAGUUCAAAUUCAAUAUUAACUUCAUUGAAACAUAUACAAGUUAAAUAUAGGUUGCAAUUCCAGUUCCCCAAAUACAUGAAAAUCAGCCUAAAACUGUUAAGGACUAAUUUUUCAAACACUGAUUUACAGUAUGCCCACAACACCUACCUUUGUCUGAAAUUUCAUACCUGAAGUCAAAAAAGUUUGAAGAAAGUUAAAGGAGGACUAAGAAAACUUUAAAAAAUAAUGUUUUCCAACCAAAUAAUGUUUUAAGAGCAAAAGUGGAAAGCUGCCAAAUUGGUCAAUUGAUUACAAGGAUAUUGGAAUGUGUCAGUUGAAAGAAUGUUUUAUGAAAGAGUGAGCUAGAAAUGAGAGAUUGUGUAAAAUAUGCCUGAACAAAGAUAAUCUAUAUCAGCAAAAGGUAAAUGUCAUAUUUCUGCCUGCUCUACUGCCAUGAAUAAUAUUACUAAAUGUUAUUGGCUUGUCAGAAUUAGAACUUGUUUCUUAAUUUAUUAUUCAACACUAAUUUGUUAGAUUCAUGUAAGAAACUAUGAAGUAGCCUUGCUGAUUUUGAAUCAACCCUCGCAUAUGGAGCAUAAAUGUUAUUUGAUAAAGCAGAACCAAUGCUGACCUACUGUGAAACGUUCAACUUGAAGUUUCCAAUUGACUCAUAGAAAGAUUAAAUUGUAAAAUGGUUGCAGCACAGGAAGCCAUUCAGCCCAGCUCUCAUUCCUAUCUGAGGCAAUAGUUUAAUCUCCAAUCCAUUUCAUGAUGGAAUUAAUUAUGCCUUCAUGGGUUUAUUAAGAAUGUGAUAAUAAAAUUCUUAUGUUGUACAUUAAUGUUUGAAAGAAUUUGGCCAACUUCCUAUAAUUGGGCGAUGCAAUACAUUUGUUUCAAUUACUGCAGUGUGAAUAUUUUUACAAUAUUCAUGGAUAUUUGUUAAACAUCUUAGAUGGAAUAAUGUACAGUAGUAAGUAAAUGUUCAACCUUAAGUCUUGAAACUGAUUUUCUAUGUGAAAUUGAAAAAAAAAUUAAAUAUUUAU